AUGACAGGAGGACCAGUGCAGAGCGGGGAACCAGGCAUGACAGGAGGACCAGUGCAGAGCGGGGAACCAGGCACGACCGGAGGACCAGGGCAGAGUGGGGAACCAGGCAUGACCGGAGGACCAAGGCAGAGCGGGGAACCAGGCAUGACCGGAGGACCAAGGCAGAGUGGGGAACCAGGCAUGACCGGAGGACCAAGGCAGAGUGGGGAACCAGGCAUGACCGGAGGACCAGUGCAGAGUGGGGAACCAGGCAUGACCGGAGGACCAAGGCAGAGUGGGGAACCAGGCACGACCGGAGGACCAGGGCAGAGCGGGGAACCAGGCACGACCGGAGGACCAGUGCAGAGCGGGGAACCAGGCACGACCGGAGGACCAGGGCAAAGUGGGGAACCAGGCACGACCGGAGGACCAGGACAGAGUGGGGAACCAGGCAUGACCGGAGGACCAGGGCAGAGUGGGGAACCAGGCAUGACCGGAGGACCAGGGCAAAGUAGGGGACCAGGCACGACCGGAGGACCAGGGCGAGGGACCAGAGUUGAUCAGGCCCGACCGGAGGACCAGGCCCGACCGGAGGACCAGGCACAAGUGGAGGACCAGGAACGACUGGAGGACCAGGCCCGACAGGAGGACCAGGCACAAGUGGAGGACCAGGAACGACUGGAGGAUCAGGCCCGACCAGAGGACCAGGGAAGACAGGAAGACCAGGCACGAUCGUAG